AUGGCUUCCACAUUCGUACCCCGGACGGUCUUCCCAGCAAUUGACAGCAUUCCACGUACAUACUUUUUGGGACAUCAUAAAGCUGGGCUUGAAAGAAUGAAGGAGAUGUUAUCAACCAUUGAUCAUGUCAUUGAAUGCAGAGAUUUUCGCAUCCCUGCCACUUCGAUCAACCCACUUUUCGAGGAAGCUUUGGGUGAGAAGUCGAGAUCGAUCGUAUAUACUAAAAGGGAUCUUGGAGGAGAUCUCAAGCUGGAAAACCAGAAACGUGAGAAAAUGAUUCAGCGUUGGAAUCGGGGUUCGAAAGUUUUCUUUGCUAGCAAAUUUAAUAACAACACUAUCGUUCCGAUCGUUAAGAGCCUUAAAAGGCAACCUUUCAAAAUAGACAAAAUCACAGGAUUUCGAAUUCUGGUUGUGGGAAUGCCCAAUAUUGGAAAAUCAAGUUUGAUCAACAGCCUCCGAAAAUAUGCUAUGAAAAUAAAGAACAAAGUGGCUAGGACUGGCGCAGAUCCUGGUGUGACGAGGAGAGUUGGAACUGGGAUCAAAAUCAUUGAGAGAAGACAGGGCUCGGUAUAUGUGCAUGAUACACCCGGGGUCUUUAUGCCAUACAUGCCAGAUUCAGAAAGCAUGUUGAAGCUUGGGCUUUGUGGUUGCUUGAAGCAAUCUAUUAUCCCGAUUAUUACGUUAGCUGACUAUUUGCUCUAUCAAAUCAACCUCCACAAACCAAUUAUAUACGGGAAAUACUCGCCACCAACGAAUGAUAUAAUUCAAUUCUUGAAGGCCUUUGCUGCAAAAACAGGAUGUCUUUCUAAAGGCGGUAUUCCAGAUGUAAACACUGCGGCUAAUAAGAUGAUCAACAUGUUUCAAAAGGGAAAACUGGGAACUUUUAUUAUGGACGAUAUAUUGAGCGUAACUUUGCAGCGGAAGCAGGAAAGAUUGGCUGCCUUGGGGGGAAGUCUUAACCAGGCGAAGAAGGCAGAGAAAUUGGAGAAGAAGGGCUCGAACUCGGAUAUCGUGCGGACGGAAGUGGAGACAGUAUAG